UUCAAUUCCAAACGUUUCCUCCUGAAGUGCCAGGAGUCCGUCCUCUUCAUCCGCCGCACACCGGCAGCCGGGCUGUCCUCCACGGAGAGCUCCCUCCAUGUCCUCCGCGUCUGUGUGCGAGGGUCUCCUUUCCUCCUUCUCCCCAUGAACUUCUCAUUCGCCGCCGUGAACUGCGGAUCGGAACUUUCUCUCCUUUUUUUCCUCUCCUUGAACGCGGCUGCGAGGGAAAAAGUCUUGUGAUUUUCGUUCCCGAAUUGAAAAGUGGACGGCGCGUCUUCUGGAUUCAUCCUUUGAGAUUGUGAGGAAACAAAACACUUGCGGCUCUAAGGAGAACCGACUCGUUCACAAAAGCUCGUCUGGACUGGUCGGCGUUCACUGACCUACAGCCGCGGACUCACGGUGCGUGUACAGCGGGCACUUGUUGUCCGGUGCGCACGGUUUGGGACGAUGCCUGUGAACCUCCGGAGCGGACCGAUGUGGCGCGCCGCAUGGAUAUUAUUCUCUGCAGUCCUGUGCCACUUCUCCCGGGCUCAAGAUGAUGUCCCUCCCUACUUCAAGACGGAGCCGGUCCGAAGUCAGCUUCAUCUGGAGCGCAACAGACUGGUUCUGACCUGCAUGGCUGAAGGAAGCUGGCCGCUGGAGUUCAAGUGGAUCCACAACAACACCGAGCUGACACGCUUUUCCCUGGAGUACAGGUAUCUAAUUCCGUCGCUUGAUCGCUCCCACGCCGGAUUCUAUCGCUGCAUCGUCAGAAAUCGCGUGGGUGCUCUGCUUCAGAGACGAACGGAAGUGCAAGUCGCUUUCAUGGGAAGUUUUGAAGAGGGGGAACGAGUCCAGUCGGUGUCACAAGGGAUGGGCGCUGUCAUCCUGGCGCCACGGAUCCGCAGCUUCCCUCAGCCUCAAGUCACCUGGUUCAGAGACGGACGCAAGAUUCCACCCAGCAGUCGAAUUGCAAUCACACUGGACAACACGCUGGUCAUCUUGUCCACUGUGGCUCCGGAUGCGGGCAGAUACUAUGUCCAGGCGGUGAAUGAUAAGAAUGGAGAAAACAAGACCAGCCAGCCAAUCACCUUGUCCGUGGAAAAUGUCGGCGGACCAGCUGACCCAAUUGCGCCAACCAUCAUCAUUCCCCCGAGGAACACCAGCGUGGUCACUGGCACGUCGGAGGUCACAAUGGAGUGUGUGGCCAAUGCCAGACCCCUCAUCAAGCUUAGCAUCUCUUGGCGAAAGAAUGGAGUGCUGGUAUCCAGUGGUCUGAGUGACUUCAACCGCAGACUGACCAUCCUCAGCCCUCUGGUCAGCGACUCUGGUUUCUACGAAUGUGAGGCCGUUCUCCGGAGCAGCAGUGUGCCUUCCGUCAGCGCUGGGGCUUUUCUCCAUGUAGUAGAGCCGCCACAGUUCAUCAAAGAGCCAGAAAAACACAUCACAGCUGAGAUGGAGAAAGUUGUGGACAUUCCCUGCCAAGCACGAGGAGUUCCUCAGCCUGAUAUUGCGUGGUACAAAGAUGCCAUGCCUAUUGACCCAGUGAAGACGCCGCGCUACAGAGUGCUGGUGGGCGGCAGUCUGCAGGUCAAUGGCCUCUUACCGGAUGACACUGGGAUGUUCCAGUGCUUUGCCAGGAAUUCGGCCGGGGAAGUCCAGACCAACACGUACCUGGCUGUUACCAGUAUUGCUCCAAACAUCACAGCCGGACCCUCUGACAGCACUGUGAUCGACGGCAUGUCUGUCAUCCUGCACUGUGAGACAUCUGGUGCCCCAAGACCCGCUAUUACUUGGCAGAAAGGCGAGCGUGUGCUGGCAAGUGGCUCCGUUCAGCUGCCCAGAUUUACCCUGCUGGAGUCAGGCAGCCUACUCAUCUCCCCCUCCCACAUCUCGGAUGCCGGGACCUACACUUGCAUGGCCAGCAACUCCCGAGGCAUUGACGAGGCGUCUGCUGACCUUGUGGUCUGGGCACGCACCCGGAUUACAACGCCCCCACAGGACCAAAGUGUCAUCAAAGGAACAAAAGCCUCUCUGACUUGUGGAGUCACACAUGACUCCAGUGUGAGCAUCAGGCAUGUUUGGGAGAAGGAAGGAUCGGUGAUCAAUGUCCAGUCCAUCCCUCGCAUGCGGAUGGAUAUAGACGGCACGCUCCACAUCUCCCAGACGUGGUCCGGUGACAUCGGCACCUACACCUGCAGGGUAACCUCGGUGGGCGGUAACGACUCGCGCAGUGCACAUCUGCGAGUCAGGCAGCUGCCUCACGCUCCGGAGAACCCCACCGCUUUGUUGAGCAACUCUGAGAAGAGAGCCAUCGAUCUGGUCUGGGCCAAACCCUUCGAUGGCAACAGUCCACUCAUUCGCUACAUCCUGGAGGUUUCUGAGAACAACGCCCCCUGGGCCAUCUUAUUGGCCAACAUCGAACCCGAGUCCACUGCAGUGACUGUUAACGGCUUGAUCCCAGCCCGCUCCUAUCAGUUCCGAAUGUGCGCCGUCAAUGAUGUGGGCAAGGGGCAGUUUAGCAAAGAGACCGAGCGGGUGUCUCUCCCAGAGGAGCCGCCCAGUGCACCUCCACAGAACGUGAUCGCGAGCGGCAGAACAAACCAGUCCAUAAUGAUCCAGUGGCAACCUCCCCCCGAAAGCCACCAGAACGGCAUCCUGCGGGGAUACACUGUGCGAUACCGUCUCACCGGACUACCGGUCGACUACCAGAUCAAAAAUAUCUCUAGUCCGGAUGUGACCAACCUACUGCUGGAGGAUCUCAUCAUCUGGACCAACUAUGAGAUUGAAGUGGCUGCCUACAACGGAGCAGGCCAAGGGACGUUCAGCCACAAAGUUACAGAGUGGACCCUGCAGGGAGUUCCAACGAUCGCCCCGGGCAGCGUGCAGGCCGAGGCAGUCAACUCCACAACCAUCCGUUUCACGUGGACGGCCCCGAACCCUCAGUUCAUCAACGGCAUUAACCAGGGCUACAAGCUUCUGGCAUGGGAACCAGGCAAAGAACAUGAUGUUACCAUGAUAACGGCCAGACCCAACUUCCAGGACAGCGUCCAUGUGGGAUACAUGACAGGCCUGAAGAAGUUCUCCGAGUAUUACACCUCGGUGCUGUGCUUCACCACUCCGGGGGACGGUCCCCGCAGCCCGCCACGAGUGCUGAGGACGCAUGAGGACACCCCCGGGGCCGUCGGGCACCUGAGCUUCACCGAAAUUCUGGACACGUCACUCAAAGUCAGCUGGAGCGAGCCCAGCGAGAAGAACGGCGUCCUCACAGGUUACCGGAUUUCGUGGGAGGAGUUCAAUCGCACCAACACCCGAGUCACUCACUAUCUACCCAACGUGACGUUGGAGUACCGUGUGACUGGAUUGACUGCCCUUACCACCUACACCAUCGAGGUGGCCGGCAUGACCUCCAAAGGUCAAGGUCAACUGUCGUCCUCCACCAUUUCUUCAGGUGUCCCGCCAGAACUCCCUGGCCCUCCUACCAACAUUGCCAUCUCCACCAUCGGUCCACGCUCAGUCAAGCUGAUCUUCAAACCUGGGUAUGACGGGAAAACCUCCAUAUCCCGCUGGCAGGUGGAGGCCCAGGUGGGAGCAGUUGGCGAGACGGAGGACUGGGUGAUGGUCCACCGGGUGGUGAAUGAACCUGAUGCUCGCUCCCUGGAAGUCCCAGGUCUAAACCCUUACACCUUCUACAGGUUUCGCAUGCGUCAAGUGAACAUCGUUGGCACCAGUCCGCCAAGUCAACCGUCAAGAAAGAUUCAGACCCUUCCCGCUCCCCCGGAUAUGGCCCCUGCCAAUGUCACCUUAAGGACCGCUAGCGAGACCAGCCUUUGGUUGAGAUGGAUGCCUUUGCCUGAGUGGGAGUACAACGGUAACCCUGAGCAGGUGGGCUACAAGGUCCAGUAUUCACGUGCGGGCUCGCCCAGAGGAGCGUUAAUCCAAGUGAUCACGGAUCGACUGGAAAGAGAGUUCACCAUUGAAGACCUGGAGGAGUGGACAGAGUAUGAGGUCAGGGUCCAGGCAAUCAACGGCAUCGGCGUGGGACCGUGGAGCCAGCCGGUCAGGGGUAGAACCAGAGAGUCUGUUCCAUCCUGUGGACCCACCAAUGUCUCCGCCUUUGCUACCACUUCUAGCAGCGUGUUGGUGCGAUGGUCUGAAGUUCCUGAGCCAGACAGAAAUGGACUCAUUCUGGGCUACAAGGUGGUGUACAAAGAGAAGGACUCGGACAGUCCGCUUCACUUCUGGGUGGUGGAGGGAAACGCGACGCACAGUGUGCAGUUGACUGGUCUGGGUAAAUAUGUGCUGUAUGAGAUCCAGGUUCUGGCUUUCACACGGAUUGGUGAUGGACGGCCCAGUUCCCCCCCAAUUCUGGAGAGGACCUUGGAUGAUGUGCCUGGACCUCCCGUUGGCAUCUUAUUCCCUGAAGUGAGGCCAACUUCAGUCCGGCUAAUUUGGCAGUCCCCCUCCCAGCCCAAUGGCAUCAUUCUCGCCUACCAGAUCACCUACCACCUGAACUCCACCAACAGCAACGCAGCCACCGUCGACGUCUUGAACCCCAGUGCUCGGCAGUAUACCGUCACCAACCUCAGGCCAGAGUCCAUCUACGUCUUCAGGAUCACGGCACAAACACGGAAGGGAUGGGGUGAAGCUGCAGAAGCGCUGGUGGUCACCACGGAAAAACGAGCUCGCCCACAGCCCACCAGCCGCCCAGCGGUGCUUCAGAAAGACGUCCAAGCCCGACAGGUUCUGCUUUCGUGGGUACCGGGCAGCGAUGGACUGUCCCCUGUCCGGUACUACACAGUGCAGCUGAGAAUCCUGCCUGAGAGCAAUUGGACGGUCCACUCCGCCUCUGUCAACCACGAGGCCACUUCAUUUGCAGUGUCUAGGUUGAAGCCUUUCACGUCCUACAAAUUCCGUGUGAAAGCCACCAACGACAUCGGAGACAGCGAGUACAGCCCAGAGAGUGAAGCAGUUACAACUCUACAAGAUGCGCCCGACGAAGCCCCCACCAUCCUGUCAGUCACGCCGCACACAACAACAUCCGUGCUGAUACGCUGGCAGCCACCGUCAGAGGACAAGCUCAACGGGAUCUUACUGGGAUUUCGGAUCCGAUACCGGGAGCUGCUGUACGAUAGACUUCGCAGCUACUCUCUUCACUCCAUAAACAGCAUGUCAGCCUGGGCUGAGCUCACAGCUCCCUACAGCACCCGGAACCUGAGUGAUUCCUCGCUGACCCAGUACGAGCUUGACAAGCUAAGUAAACACAAGCGCUAUGAGAUCCGCAUGAGUGUCUACAACGCCGUGGGCGAGGGACCCGUCAGCACUCCACAGGAGGUGUUUGUGGGGGAAGCAGUGCCAACUGCCCCACCCCAGAACGUCGCCAUACACUCAGCUACGGCAACACAGUUGGAGGUGACAUGGGAUCCUCCUCCUGUGGACGCUCAGAAUGGGGAUAUCCAGGGUUACAAGGUUUACUUUUGGGAAUUCCAGCGCAAAAAUGAGACAGAGCGGCUUCGGACUCUAUUCAUGCCUGAAGGUGGCGUGAAGCUCAAGAACUUGACUGGAUACACGACCUACAUGAUCAGCGUCGCUCCCUUCAAUGCAGCCGGGGAUGGACCCCGCAGCACCCCGACAAGAGGUCGAACGCAGCAAGCAGCACCCAGCGCUCCAAGCUUCAUCCACUUCAGUGAGCUGACCACCACCUCGGUCAAUGUGUCCUGGGGAGAGCCCACCUUGCCAAACGGCAUCAUUGAAGGCUACCGACUGGUCUACGAACCGAGCGCGCCUGUUGAUGAGUCUUCAGUGGCCUGUGCCGACUGUCUCCACUCCCCCUCCCCCCCAGGCGUCAGUAAGACCGUCAUAGUGGACGUGAAGGGAUCAGGCCCUCUCUGGUUAAAGCUCAAGGACCUCGUGGAAGGAGUCACCUACAACUUCCGUAUCAGAGCCAAGACUUUCAUCUAUGGGCCUGAGGUGGAGGCUAACAUCACCACCGGUCCAGGAGAAGGUGCUCCUGGACCUCCAGGAGAUCCCUUCAUUACACGCUACGGUUCUGCUUUAACCAUCCACUGGACAAGCGGCGACCCAGGCCGUUCUCCCAUUACACGCUACGUAAUAGAGGCCAGACCUUCUGAUGAGGGACUGUGGGACAUCCUUAUCAAGGACAUCCCAAAGGAAGUGACAUCACACACUUUUAACAUGGAUAUACUGAAGCAAGGGGUUAGCUACGACUUCCGGGUGAUUGGUGUCAACGACUACGGAUAUGGCUCUCCAAGUCAAACAUCUCCGUCUAUAUCUGCUCAAAAAGUGGCCCCCUUUUACGAGGAGUGGUGGUUCUUGGUUGUGGUGGCGCUAGUGGGCCUCAUUUUUGUCCUGCUCUUGACCUUCAUCCUCAUUAUCCGAGGACAGAAUAAGAAGUACGCCAAGAAGUCGGAGUCAGUGUCUCUCUACGUUUGUCCAGGUAAUAACUCCAACUGUAAUGCUCUGACCCAUGGGGACAUGGUGAGUCUGGAUGAAGGACGAUUUCCUGCUUUGGAACUGAACAACCGGCGUCUCUCUGUGAAAAACUCUUUCUGCAGGAAAAACGGAGUCUACACAAGGUCUCCUCCCAGGCCAAGUCCUGGUAGCCUCCACUACUCCGAUGAAGACGUGAGCACCAAGUACAACGUGGAGAGCAGCAGUCUGACAGAAAAACCCUCUGAGAUCUCAGACUCCCAGGAGGCGCUGGUGUUUUCAUAUGGGACAGGUGGUCUACAUACACUUCCACUGCAUUUGGGCAGCGACAGCGAGUACGAGGUGGACCCUAAUCGGCAGAAAACGCACUCUUUCGUCAACCACUACAUCAGCGACCCCACCUACUACAACUCCUGGCGCAGACAGCAAAAGGGCAUAUCCCGAGUCCAGGCAUACAGCUACACCGAGUCCGAAUCGGGCGAGCCGGAUCAGUGCGCCCCACCGCCUCUGCCGCCACUACCUCCUUUGCCACCGCAGCUUAGUUCGCCUACACCGCAACCCCAGCAGGCACAAGGACAACCCCAAGGGCAAGGCAGCCUGUUUAGGCCAAAAGGAAGUCGGACUCCAACCCCCUCCCAGCAGAGCUCCAAUCCUCCCAGCCAACACAGCACCCUCUACAGGCCACCAAGCAGUCUAGCCCCUGGCUCACGAGCCCCGAUUGCAGGCUUCUCAUCAUUUGUGUGAAAGGUAACGGAAAGGACAACACAAUUUCAAGAUAUGCGGCAAGCGUUUUGGCAACUAUUUUAAGUUAUUUUCGCCAGGUAAAACCUUUUUUUAUAUAAGCGAUUGAUGUGUGAAGCUUUUCUUCUUUUUCUUUGCUUUUUUUUUAAAUUCAUAUUCUCACUUUUAUUUUUGCUAACUGAACUGAUUGCAUGACUUUUUUUGUAUUUUUUUAGUUAUUUCUUUGCACAGUUUGUCAGGUGCUGUACAAAGUCACAACAAUCUGAAGAGACAUAAAUAUAAAUAUAUAUAUAUAGCUGUAUCUAGAAAGAAGAAAAACAUCCCAGAGCACACCAUGCAUUGAUCGCAAAUAACCCUGUCUAAUGGAGCCGUGUUGUGGAAUUGAAAGAUAAAUAUGUUUGUCUUGAAGAUGCCAAAAUGAACACAUUUUUAGACAUUGGCGGGAUGAGUUCUUCACACCAGACACUGGAGCAACAACCGUGGAACACUGGCCAAUAGCACACAAAGCAAAGACCACGACAGGUUACAUGUGGUCGGACUGUUGGUGCCUGAAGGAUUGUGCGGAUACAGAAACUGACUUUAUAUCUGUACAAGUGUAAUUCUGUGAGCGUGCUCCAGUGGAUCGAUGGUGCCUUGAUAGAGGCAAAACAACUGUAUUCCACACCACCUGAGUAACACAGUGGAGUACUUGCUUUAUUUUGUUUAUAAAUCUGUUUGUUGCCUCACAUCUGCUAAGUUCCACAGAGUUAGAAAACCAAGAACUGAACUGACAAACUCUAUGAAUUCAAUGUUUGCUCAUUUUUUUUCCUGUUGUUUUUCCACACCAUGCUGAAUGAGUCACUCUAUUAAUUCACAAGAACGUGAAGCAGCAGUGACGCUGCACCAGGUUAUGAUGUCAAGUAAUCUUCUUUCACCGUUUUGUGUGAUCAUGAUGCAACCACACUGCUACAUAGCAAAAUUACUACUAUUGAUGGGUAGAUGAGGUAUCAUUAAACAGUAUUGUACGGUUGAUGAAAUAUUUUUGGAGGCCACUAGAUGGUGUUUAGCAACAGUGUGAGGUUUCAUUGAAUUAGUUGUUCAAGUCCCAACAUUUUACAACAGGCACUGCCCUCUGGUGGCCGCUGAAAAUCUGGACACUGUUUCACGAAACCUUAGCAAUUUUUCAAUACUUUGUCAUGUGUCUCAUCUACCCAUCUCUAAUCAAUUGUCAGCGGUCGGUAUGAGUUCACGUACUGGUCAUUAGAGUGCCAUCUUAUGUCAAAAAAUGGUUGAAUAAAGCUAGGAAAUUCACUACUGUGAACUAUUUUAAACAAGUGUGUUAAGCAGAUGCAGUGAAUUCACAGUGCAGUAUUAGUUUUGAGCACUAUAUUUGAGUGUUGAAAUUGAAGUAUAAUAUUAUACAAUGCUACAGACAUUAACAGGCUUGAAUGACUUAAUUUCACACUCAAGUACUUUACUGAAAUGCUGUUAUACAGUAUAUAAAUGAGACUACGCUGAAUCAUGUAUUUAAUCUUCCUUAUUUAAUGCUUUAUAUUUCUGUAUCAGACAUGUCAAAGGUUAAAUAUAAUUUGAUUCCAAGUGAGAAGUUAGAGGUUUCUUAAGAUAUAGUAGGAGUGACUGUAUUUGUUAGUAUCAAAGUACUACCUAAAUUUGCGGUUUUACAGUGGAAUAAUGGGAUUUAUUUUUUUGUGCUGCCUUUCUGACUGACUUUCAAAAACCAGUUUUCAAUUACAAAAAUGGAGCCACCGCCAAAAUUGUUUACUCACAAUGAUUGUGAUGGCCAGUGUUUAUUCCACUUCCGUGUAACCAAGGUCAAAGUCGAACCUCUCAGAAGUUGUAUUAAGUUCUACUAUCUGCAGAAAUAGUUUUGUGGAAGCCAAUUCUGAUGUUGUCUUGUCAUCAAGGACGAAUUUCCAGUCGCCUUCACCACACGUGUCUCAGAUAGCUUGUCGCCACAAUAUGUUUUCAGAUGUGAUCUUUCAUAGACAAGUGUGGUAAACACUCCAAAGAAAAUGUAGCGGUGUGGAUGUGGCAUCUGUUUGUACUCUUCCGGUGCGAGUAUUGAUUUUGUGCGCGCGGACGUGCAUGUGACAUGUUUUCAUUUGUUCAUUAGCUUUACGUGUCAUUCACUGCCAGUCAGGGUGAAAGGAGAACUUCUUGCACCUGGAGGUGAGCGCUACGCUGAGUCAUUGAACCUCCUCGUACUCUAGAAACAAUCGCUGGUGUGUUGCUACCUUCAGAAGGUAAAAAAAAAAAUCUAUAUAUAUAUCCAUCAUGGCUUUGUUGAUUUUUCUCUGUGGGUGAUUUCAUUUUAGCGCAGCAGCCUGCCAUGCUUCUGAAUGAAUAUACACUCUGAUCACAUUUCUGAAAUAAAUUAUUUUUCAAUG